AUGCCGCCCUGGCGAGUUGCCGUGGUUAAGGCAUUUAAAUUUGCGGCCCACCAGAUGGCUUAUCGUCCCGAGGAGUUACACAAUAAUCCAAGAGAGAAAAAUUACCCGGCUGCUUUCGACCAACACGAGGAAUCGGCAAUGAUUACAUUUGGAAAUUCAAUAGCACAGAGUGACGUGGAAAGCAUCUCUAACGUAACUCCUAUGAAGCGUCUAGAGUCGUAG